UUUCUCGUUGCGGUGGUGUUACUUAAAAGUUUAAAUGCGCAAGAGGAAAUUAUUACAGUGGAAGCGGUAGUGGGGCAGAGCGCGGAGCUGCCUUGCAACAUCACCGCGGAGAACGAAGGAGAUGUCCUUAGAAUCAUCGCCUGGUACAGAGACGGCUCGCCCACGGCAUUCUAUAGCAGUCGCGACCUGCGCGGCGACAACAGCGACGUACUAUCCCCUGGAGGUCGCUUCAAGCUCAUCACCUCAGAGGAUGAGACUGAAGAGCGUCUACAGAUCCUCGCCGUGCGGCCCUCUGAUGCCGGACAGUACUACUGCUUCGCCGACUUCGAGUCGAGUCGGGCUCACAAAACUUAUAUCACAUUGGACGUUAUAGAGCCACCUCAGCGGUUGUGGGUGAUACACGAGAACGGCACACGCGUGACGACGGCGAGCGCGGGCGCCAACACCAGCAGGAACCUCGGCCCCUACUACAUCGGCGACACCGUCCAUCUCUUCUGUGUCGUCUUCGGAGUGUGUCUACUGUUUAAAAAAAUUGCAGAUCCUCCGCAACUACAAAUAGCUGUAGAAGGAGAACUCGAAAACAACACUCUGAGUGCGGUAAAGGGCAGCAACUUGACUAUCAACUGCAGCUACGAGGCCAAUCCCUCCGUGUACCAAGUCACCUGGUUUCAUGGGGAUGAUUUGGUGAACCAGAAGUACGACCACGAGGAGUCAUCGAUCAAGCCGACACUGGAGCUGACAGAGAUAACAGAGGCCGAGGCGGGCGAGUACGUGUGCGCCGCCACCAACAACGAGGGGUCCGCCUACAGCGAACCUAUUGUCAUCGAUGUCACUUAUCCUGCGUACUGUGAAGACGAAACGAUAUCGGAGUACGGCGUGUCGGCGGAGGACAGCAUCAACAUAACGUGCGGCGUGCGCGCCAACCCGCCGCCCAGCGCCUACCGCUGGGCCUUCAUCAGCGAGACCAUGGACCUCGACAAGCGCCGCACCAACCAGACCUACAACGUGGAGACAGAGGACCCCACGCUCACCUACAGAAGACCCAACGACACUUCAUAUACAUUGAUACGUUGUUGGGGCCUGAACAACGUGGUGGGCAGCGCGCUGCCGCAGACCAGGUGCUCCUUCCUCAUCACGGACGAGACCGCGCCGCGCCCGCCCGCCGCCUGCUCCGCCGUCAGGCACCACCACGACAUCACCGUCUCCUGCCGCAAGGGACACGAUGGCGGCCUACAACAAAAAUUCAAAUUUAACGUAUUUUCGUCGGACUCGGAGGAACAAACUCUGUCGAUUAUAAACCAGGAGCCCAAGUUCAUAAUUCAGGAGCCUAAAGAAGAGUCAUAUAAGUUUAUUGUGGUCGCGUUCAACGCUAAAGGAGAGAGCAGUACAGUCGAGAUAGAUAAAGACAGCAUUAUUGAUGAAACUGAAGGUGAAGUUGGUCCUGUGAGCGCGGUGAGCAACAUCACCGCGCUGGCGCUGGCGCUAUGCGGCGGCGUGCUGCUGCUGGCGCUGGCGGCGUGCGGCCUGGUGCUGUGUGCGCACGAGCGCACGGCACGACACGACCUGCCGCGCGCGCACUCUGACCCCCCGCUCUGCGCCUACAGCACUGAGGACACAAACUGUGAGACGUAUCACGACAGCGACGAUGGCAGCGAGUGCAACGUGCGGCGCACGGAGUCGUUCCGACGUGCCGUGUCGCGCUACCCCGGCAAGAACUACGACGUGCGGCGCACCGGCUCCUUCCACUCGGCGCGCUACGUGCACGAGCUGGGCGAGCCGCGCGCCCCCGCGCCGGCGGAGGGACACGCGCUCAGACACAGCGCCAGCUGCAGGAUGCACUCCAUGCAGAACGUCAGCAGGAAGCGAGACAUGGACGCCCUCUGCGAUCACCUAGUCAUGCAUCUACCCCCAGAUACUAACUAUAACGUCGCUAAACCGAUGAAUACAUUUUAUACGAUGCCCAGAAAAAUGCGACAUAAAGCAGCAAAGGAAUUGAGCGACGAAACGUCUGAAAUAACGCAAACAUCUGACGGAUUUUCGCUACCACCGCCGCCGGAUGAGUUCGGAACGUAUCGAGCCGCCACCAAGAUCAAAGAUAUGCCAUCAAAGUCUACACCAACGUACACCACUAUCUUAAGAAAAAGUCCUUCAGGCAAGGAGUUAGGGAAGCAACAAACUAUAUCUCCUAAUACAAUAGGCCUGCCGACUGUCAGCGGCGCUCACAAUGGCCUGUACACGUAUCCAGAUUACGACAGCCAAGGUAACCCUAUUAAUACAAAUCCUUUCGAUGAUUCUUCGUAAUAAUUGUUGCUGGUCACAUACGCAAGGGAGACAAGGGAUGCAACAAUUUAGGUAAUAAAUCGAUUUUUGCCAAUUAGUUAUUUUGUUGUAACUUGAUAUCAGAAAAUAUAGUGCUAAUUUAAUAAAAAGCAAGUAUGCACUUGUAACAAAUCUACGGGUCAGCCCCACAAAAUUGUAAAUUGUCUGAUAAUAAUCCAACGUGUAAAAUAUGUAAUGAAAAUAUCGGAUUGUUAUCUUGUCUGACAGUGACUUCAUUUUUAAGCUGAGCGGUCAUGAGCCAGUGGUGUGACAGGUCUUAGUAUUUUAAUGAUUUACCAAAGUU